AUGGCUUUCCGAGAGAUGCUGAAGCACGAGUCGGCAAUUCCCCUGACAGCGCGGUUGCAGGACUUUGUCAAGAAGUUUCCGACCCAAGGCCUGUCACGAGAGCAAGCGGCUGAUCGCAUCCACAAAUUCCUUUCCGCCACCCAGGACUGGAUGCUGUCUCAAGUCCUGGUUUUCGCGGCGGAGGCUGAUGAGGCAGGGCAGACAAACGCAGCUGAAGGGCUAGAAAAGUUCCUGCUAAGCAGACUGCAUGCCCGUCUUUUUUCCAUGGAGCCGUCGGAUCUUACGGAGGACGAGACCUUGAGGCGAAGGAUUGACAGUUUCAGUUGGGUGGGCUUCAAGAAUCUAGGCGUCCCGCCAGUGGACACCUCACUCCUAGACUUAGCAGUGGAGCAGCUGCAUAGCUUGGACAAGUUCAAGGCGCCGCGGGACAAGAUGGUUUGCAUCCUAAACUCCUGCCGCGUGAUCAACGACGUGCUGAAGCGUGCCAUUGUGGCAAGCGGUGCCAGCCGCCCCCUUUCAGCCGACGACUUCCUGCCCUUGCUGAUUUACUCCUUGAUCCUUGCCAAUCCACCUCGGCUCCAUUCGAACAUCGAGUUCGUAGCAGCUUUCAGGCAUCCCUCGCGUCUCGUGGCAGAGGCUGGCUGCACCCAGAAGCAGCGUUUAGAAUCACCGUCUUUGAGGUACGCAUAG